ACCACUGCAACCCCCUACCAGAAAACGGGUCGCAGACGACAGUCCUAUAUACUCGGUGUUGAAGAGGACGACGACAUCAAGCUAGACGAGCAAAUCAGGGGAGAAGGAACGAGACAGACAUGGCUGCUGUUAACGGUUCGGCCGAUCGCUACGACCAUGGUCGAGUAGCACACUUUAUCGGUGGGAAUGCCCUCGAGAAUGCCCCCGCCGGCAAGGUCCCAGACUGGGUCAAGGCCCAUAACGGUCACACCGUUAUCACCAAGGUCCUCAUCGCCAACAACGGUAUCGCCGCCGUCAAGGAGAUCCGUUCGAUCAGGAAAUGGUCCUACGAGACCUUUGGCGACGAACGCGCCGUCGAGUUUACCGUCAUGGCCACUCCAGAGGAUCUGAGGAUCAACGCCGAGUACAUCAGGAUGGCGGAUCGAUACGUCGAGGUACCCGGAGGCAGCAACAACAACAACUACGCCAACGUAGAUUUCAUCGUGGAUGUUGCCGAGCGAGCGGGAGUGCAUGCCGUGUGGGCUGGUUGGGGUCACGCUUCCGAAAACCCUCGUCUGCCCGAAACCUUGGCCAAGUCCAAGAUCAUCUUCAUCGGACCUCCUGGAUCCGCCAUGCGUUCCCUGGGAGACAAGAUCUCCUCUACCAUCGUCGCCCAGCACGCUCAGGUACCUUGUAUGCCUUGGUCCGGGACCGGAAUCUCGGACACGGUCAUGUCCGACCAAGGAUACGUGACCGUCCCCGACGAGGCCUAUGCCAACGCCUGUGUCACUUCGUGGGAACAAGGAUUGCAAAAGGCCGAAGAGAUCGGUUGGCCCGUCAUGAUCAAGGCCAGUGAGGGAGGUGGUGGAAAGGGUAUCCGAAUGGUCGAUUCGGCCGAAAAGUUCAAGGUCGCCUUCCAGGCCGUCUUUAGCGAAGUUCCAGGCUCGCCCAUCUUCAUCAUGAAGCUCGCUGGGUCCGCCCGUCAUUUGGAAGUCCAGCUGAUCGCCGAUCAGUACGGAAACGCCAUCUCGCUCUUUGGUCGUGACUGUUCCGUUCAACGUCGUCACCAGAAGAUCAUCGAGGAAGCCCCCGUCACCAUCGCUCGACCCGAAAAGUUCGAAGAGAUGGAAAAGGCCGCGGUCAGGUUGGCCAAGUUGGUCGGAUACGUCAGUGCCGGUACCGUCGAGUACCUUUACAGUCACUCGGACGACUCGUUCUACUUUUUGGAACUCAACCCUCGUCUUCAAGUCGAGCAUCCUACUACCGAGAUGGUCAGUGGAUGUAACAUUCCCAGCAUCCAGCUGCAGAUCGCCAUGGGUAUCCCCCUUCACAGGAUCAGGGAUAUCAGGACCUUGUACGGACUCGACCCCCACGGCGUUUCCGAGAUCGACUUUGACGGCGAGAACCCCGACUCGGCCAACACUCAGCGAAAGCCCAAGCCCAAAGGUCACGUCGUUGCCUGUCGAAUUACGGGAGAGAACCCCGACGCCGGGUUCAAGCCCUCUUCCGGUAACUUGACCGAGCUCAACUUUAGGUCCAACUCGAACGUCUGGGGUUACUUUUCCGUCUCCUCUGCCGGAGGUCUGCACGAGUAUGCCGAUUCUCAGUUCGGUCACAUCUUUGCCUAUGGACAAGAACGUAGCGAGGCUCGAAAGUCGAUGGUCGUCGCGCUCAAGGAAUUGAGCAUUCGAGGAGAGUUCAGGACCACGGUUGAAUACCUCAUCAAGCUGCUGGAAAAGCCCGAAUUCGAGAACAACACGUUGACUACUCAAUGGUUGGACGGUCUGAUCGCCGAGGGAAUGACCUCGGAGAGGCCUGAUACCACCCUUGCCGUGAUCGCCGGUGCUGUCGUCAAGGCUCACGUCGCCUACGAAGCAUCGAUGGCCAACUACAAGGCCAUUCUGGAAAAGGGUCAGGUUCCUUCCAAGGAUACGCUCCAGACAUUCUUCAAGACCGAGUUCAUCUACGACAACACCCGGUACUCGUUUGCCAUGGCCAAGGCUUCGCCCAACUCGUUUACCCUCUACUUGAACGGAGGCAGGAUCUUUGUCGGAUCCAGGAGCCUGAGCGAUGGUGGUUUGCUCAUCACCCUUGCUGGUGCUUCUCACACCGUCUACUUCCGUGAGGAAGUCGGUGCUUUCGUCGUCUCGGUCGACUCGAAGACCUGCAUGAUCGAGGACGAGCAGGACCCGACUCAGCUGCGAAGCCCCAGUCCCGGAAAGCUCGUUCGUUACAUGAUCGAGUCGGGAGAUCACGUCGAUGCUGGCGAGGCUUAUGCCGAAAUCGAGGUCAUGAAGAUGAUCUUGCCCGUCACCGCCAGCGAGAGCGGUAUCGCCCAGUUCAUGAAGCAGCCCGGUGGUACCAUCUCUUCGGGAGAACUCUUGGGAAUCCUCACUCUCGACGACCCUACCAAGGUCAAGUUUGCCAAGCCCUUCGAGGGUUUGUUGCCCACUUUCGAGCUGCAGCACGGUCGUUACGGUUCCAAGCCUCACCAAAGGUUGCGUGAGCAGCUCGAGAUCCUCUACGACAACUUGGCCGGUUACGACAACAGCGCUCAGGUCCAGUCCGCCCUGCGUAUCGUCGAAACGACUUUGCAGGACCCGACCUUGCCCUACUCGAACGUCUCUGACGUGCUGUCUACUUUGAGCGGACGUAUGCCCGCCAAGCUCGAGGAGGAAGUCCGUGAGAUUAUCAAGUCUGCCAAGGAUCUCCAGCAAGAGUUCCCCACCAAGAAGCUCCGCAAGGCCAUCGAGCUGUUCAUGGAGGACAGUGUUGCGCCUAAAGACAGGACCGCUGCUAGGGCUUCCGUCUACCCUCUCCAAGCCAUCGUCAACGCGUUCGAAGGUGGUCUCAAGUCGCACGAAUGGCAGAUCUGGGCCGAGCUCCUCAACGCCUAUGCCGCUAUCGAGGAGCCCUUCAGCCAGGGCAAGACCGAGGAACAGGCCGUACUCAAGCUCAGAGAAGACAACAAGGAUGUCGACGCUGUGGCCAAGUUGAUCUUGUCUCACAGCAAGGUUGCUCUCAAGAACAAGCUCGUGUUUGCCAUCUUGGAUGUCAUCAAGGCCAACAUGAACAAGGGGCUCGCCGCUCUCAACGACAAGAGGAUCAAUCCUGCUCUUAGGAGAUUGGCUGCGCUGGAAAGCAGGCCUACCACCAAGGUUGCUCUCGCCGCGCGUGAAGUCUUGGUCCUCGCCAGUCUUCCCACCUUCGAAGAGCGAUCCGUUCAGAUGCUUCAGAUCCUCAAGUCGUCCAUCACGACUCACCAAUAUGGAGAGAGCGGCCUCGCCCAGCGAUUGCCGUCGACCGACGUCUUGCAAGAGCUCACCGACUCGCGCUUCACCGUCUACGAUGUUUUGCACAACUUCUUCGACCACGAAGAUGCUUGGGUCGCCCUCGCUGCCCUCGAGGUCUACGUUCGACGAGCUUACCGUGUCUACAACGUCAUGCAUCUCGAUUACGAGGCGGGCGACUCGGUUAGCGGUGGUGACCCUCACGUCGUCACCUGGCGUUUCAAGCUCGGACACACCCCGUCUGGCGAACCCAUGACCCCUCGAGUCGACUCGUCGCGUGAUGUCUCGCGAAUCGGUAGCAUGAGUGAUCUCAGCUAUACCAUCAACCGCAACCAGAUCGAACCCACUCGAUUCGGUUUAAUGACCUCUUACAACGACUUUAGCGGUAUCGAGAAGGGUCUCUCCAAGCUCUUGGCUUUGUACCCUGCCUUCAACUAUGCCGAGUUCACCGACAAGCACGGCAAGGACGCCAAGGUCCCCCAUGUCCUCAACAUUGCUCUUCGAGCGUACGGGGACGCCGUCAACGACCAAGAAGUCUCCGAGCGAUUUGCCAAGCUGGUCAAUGAAAACGACUCCAAGAUCACUGCCAAGGGUAUCCGACGUAUCACCUUGCUCAUUUGCAGGCAGAACCAGUACCCCUGGUACUACACCCUUCGACCGAGCGAUUCCGAUCACGUCUGGCGAGAAGAGCAAGCCAUCAGGAACAUUGAGCCUGCUCUCGCUUACCAGCUCGAGUUGGGUCGAUUGUCCAACUUCACCAUCACGCCCCAGGAUUCGUCGAACAGGCAGAUCCACGUCUACCAGGCCGUGGGUCGUGAAAACACGUCGGACAUUCGAUUCUUCGUUCGAGCCCUGCUCCGACCUGGCCGUCUCCGUGGUGGCAUGAAGGUGCAGGAGUACCUUAUCUCCGAGACUGACCGACUGGUCAACUCGGUAUUGGACACCUUGGAGAUCCAUAGUAGCCAGCAUCGUCAAGCCGACUGCAACCACAUUAUGGUCAAUUGUGUUCACACCUUGCCCGUCUCCUUCGACGACGUCCAAGAAGCUCUCGCUGGAUUCAUCGAGCGUCACGGAAAGCGAUUGUGGCGUCUGCGUGUCACCCAGGCCGAAAUCCGUAUCGUCAUCGAGGACGAGGAUGGCAUCCAGACCCCUAUUCGAUCGUUCAUCGAGAACGUCAGCGGUUUCGUCGUCAAGUACGAGGCUUACCAAGAAGUUGCCACGGACAAGGGUCCUGCUAUGCUCAAGUCUAUCGGACCCCAGGGUCAGUUCCACUUGCAGCGUGUCAACUUCCCUUACACCACCAAGAACUCGCUGCAACCCAAGCGAUACCAGGCGCACGUCGUCGGCACCACGUACGUGUACGACUUCCCCGACCUGUUCCGUCAGGCUAUCCGACGGGUUUGGGAGAAGGCUGCCGAGUUCUACCCCGGACUCAAGGAGCCCUCCGAGUUGUUGGUUGCCCAUGAGCUCGUUUUGGAUGAGAACCAGGAGUUGCAAGAGGUUCCCCGACCUCCCGGCAUGAACAGUUGCGGUAUGGUCGGUUGGGUCUUCACCGUCAAGACGCCCGAAUACCCCAAGGGUCGACGAGUCGUCGUUGUCGCCAACGACAUCACCUUCCAGAUCGGUUCCUUCGGACCUUCGGAAGACGACUUCUUCUACAAGGUCACCGAGUUUGCCCAGAGCUUGGGUCUGCCUAGGAUCUACUUGUCGGCCAACUCUGGAGCCCGAAUCGGUUUGGCUGAGGAGAUCAUCAGCUUGUUCAGCUGCGCGUUCAACGACGCUUCUCGCCCUGAGAAGGGUAUCAAGUACCUCUACCUUACCUCCGAAAACAUGGCAAAGCUCAAGGACAACGGAGCUGGAAGCGUCGUCACAAACGAGAUUGAGGUCGAUGGCGAGAGGCGACACCAGAUCACCGCAAUCAUCGGUCUGAAGAACGGUCUCGGAGUCGAGUGCUUGAAGGGUUCUGGUCUCAUCGCCGGUGCCACUUCGCGAGCCUACGAUGACAUCUUUACCAUCUCCUUGGUCUCGGCCCGUUCCGUCGGUAUCGGAGCAUACUUGUUGAGGUUGGGACACCGAACUGUCCAGGUCGAGGGUCAACCUAUCAUCUUGACCGGAGCUCCCGCUCUCAACAAGGUUCUUGGUCGAGAGGUGUACACCUCGAACUUGCAACUUGGUGGCACUCAGAUCAUGUACAAGAACGGUGUCUCUCAUCUCACUGCCGAUAGUGACCUCGACGGAGCUCUGCAAAUCAUGCAGUGGCUCUCGUACGUCCCUGACCGUAAGGGCAAGGCCAUCCCCAUCUUCCCUUCGGACGACACCUGGGACCGACCCAUCACGUACUGCCCUCCCAAGGGACCUUACGAUCCCCGAUGGUUCAUCGAGGGUAAGAUGGAAGAGACGGAUGCUGGUGAGCAGUGGCUCUCUGGAUUCUUCGACAAGGGAUCCUUCCAGGAGACUUUGGGCGGAUGGGCUCAGACAGUCGUUGUCGGUCGUGCUCGAUUGGGUGGUAUCCCCAUGGGAUGCAUCGCCGUCGAGACCAGGACCAUCGAGAGAAUCGUACCUGCCGAUCCGGCCAACCCGGCUUCGGUGGAACAGAGGUUGAUGGAAGCCGGCCAGGUCUGGUACCCCAACUCGGCCUACAAGACCGCUCAGGCCAUCUUCGACAUGAACCGAGAAGGCCUCCCCUUGAUGAUCUUUGCCAACUGGCGAGGAUUCUCGGGUGGUCAGCAGGACAUGUACGACGAGAUCUUGAAGCAAGGUUCCAAGAUUGUCGACGGUCUCAGCGCCUACAAGCAGCCGGUCUUUGUCUACAUCGUCCCCAACGGAGAGCUGCGUGGAGGUGCGUGGGUCGUCUUGGACCCUUCGAUCAACCCCGAUCACAUGGAAAUGUACGCCGACAAGGACGCUCGAGGAGGUGUCUUGGAGCCCGAGGGUAUCGUCGAGAUUAAGUACAGGAAGGACAAGGUCUUGGCGACCAUGGCCAGGUUGGACGAGGAGUACGCUUCGUUGAAGGCUGCCUCUGAAGACAAGACCAAGUCGGCCGAGGAGCAAUCCGCCGCCAAGGAGAGUCUUCUCGCUAGGGAGCAACACUUGUGGCCCACCUACCAGCAAAUCGCGCUCUUGUACUCGGAUCUUCACGACCGAGCCGGACGAAUGGAGGCCAAGGGAUGUGCCACUACCGCCGAUUGGCCUGAGGCUCGUCGACACUUCUACUGGAGGUUGAGGAGGAGAUUGAACGAGUCGCACAUGAUCAACAAGCUCGGCGUGGCUCACCCCAACAUGUCGUACCCCGAAAGGGUCAACGUUUUGGCUUCUCUCGUUGACGCCGACGCCAAGUCCGACAAGGGCGUUGCACAGUGGAUCGAAUCGCACACCGACAUCGUCUCCCAGUACGCCGCCGAGCUCAAGAGCCAGUACAUCUCGGACAAGAUCGUCGAGUUUGCCGACUCGGACCGAGACGGUACCUUGGCUGGAUUCGCCAGGAUCAUGGAGAGCUUGUCUUCCGAGGAGAGGGCCGCCUUGGUUCAGCGAUUCUCUUCCUGAACAGUGUCGACCGUGUCUCGUCCCGGUCUAUAAUUUCUUCUCGAGCAUUCGUUGGGUUUUGGGCAUUGAUCACCGCACAGUUGGCGCAUCUUUUACGACAUUCCUUGUACUUAUAAAGUAUCCCUCGAUACACAGCCGUCCAAAAGGCUACGAA